AUGGAAUUAUGGAACAUAGAAACCCCGGGAUUAGCCGAUGGCUGCGUAGAGGGUGCCGAGUGCCGGCAGCCUGGCCUCAGCGAUGGCGACCAGCGGCACCUUGAGGUUCUCCGGCAGCCACCACGUGAAGCCGUGCACCAGGUUCCGUUCGCCAACGUAACGUCGCCGCCACCUCCUUCAACGCGAGGGGUUGUACAUACGCCGGUCGCCGGGCACAUCCGCCGCCCGGACACGAACGGCGCCGGCAGCUGGAAGCGCGCCCCGCGCACGUACAAGCCGCCGGCGAGGAACCCCUCCGGCCGGAACGCGUCGGGCCACGACGCCGGCCGGGUCGCGCGCCACGGCCCGCACGGUUACCUCCCGCCCGCCCGGUCCAACUUGGACUUCGCACAUCUCGCAGCUCUGCUGCGCCGCAAGUCCACCGGAGCCGCGGCGUGCUGCCCCUCGCCAUUGCCGAGGUCUCCAGAUCCCCGCGUCCCCCAGAUCCGUGCGCUCACCCCGCCCGCUCCCACCUGGUUCCCACAUCUCGCGCCCGCCGGCUGCUGCGCCAUCCUCUGCGCGUGUCGGCCCCUCGCCAUCGCCGGCGGCCUCCGGAUCCGCGCCGCCCCUCGCCAUUGCCGGGGUCCCCCAGAUCCGCGCGGCCCCUCAUCAUCGCCGGUGACGCCCCCGCCAGUCUGCGGGCGUGUGCGUCUCCCCGGCGCCCUCUGCCUCCCGCUCGUCGUUCCCUCGGGGGUCUGCGCGCUCGGCCUGUCGCCGGCGCCACCCGGGGCGCCCUCCUUGGCCUCCUCUGCAUCUGUCGCCGGCGCCGGCCUCCUCCGCGCCUUCCCCGGCCUCUAUCUCCCCGCGAGCCGUGCUCCGUCGAGUUCUUGCAGUAAGUGCCCGGUACUCCUUGUUGUUAGUAUGCGAAAGGAGCUCAAUGCCCUCAUUCAGAACUGUUCUUGA